AUGCUGACACCUCUUUCACGCGCCCUAGGCAUCUGUAGCCUAGGUCUAACAGCGUUUGCCGCUGUAUCUAUACAGCCUCGACAGUCAUCUUUAGACACCUGGUUAAGCAGUGAAAUCAAGUACGCACGUCAGGCGAUUCUGAAUAACGUUGGAUCCAGCGGCGUCUGGGUGCCGGGAGCGAAGACAGGCGUGGUCGUGGCCAGCCCCAGCACCUGCAAUCCUGAUUACUUCUAUACGUGGACGCGUGAUUCAAGUCUGGUGCUUAAAACACUGGUGGAUUUGUUCCGCAACGGGGAUGCCGGCCUGCUAUCGAUCAUUGAAGAGUGGAUCUCCUCGCAGGCGCAAAUCCAAGGCGUCACAAAUCCUUCUGGUGAUUUGUCCAGUGGGGGUUUAGGCGAACCGAAGUUCAACGUCGACGAGACGGCAUACACGGGAUCGUGGGGCCGACCGCAGCGUGAUGGACCUGCUUUGCGAGCCACGGGGAUGAUCGCAUUUGGCCAGUGGUUGAUUGAACGCGGAUAUACCAACGUGGCAUCGAGUCUGGUAUGGCCGGUGGUGCGGAACGAUCUGUCCUAUGUGGCGCAAUACUGGAAUCAAACGGGAUAUGGUAACCGCUUUCCCAACCGCAUUAGUUAUUUGUGGGAAGAAGUUUCCGGGUCCUCAUUUUUCACCCUCGCUGUGCAGCACCGUGCGCUGGUAGAGGGGAGUGCAUUUUCACGGAGCGUCGGCGCAACUUGUCCCUACUGUGACUCACAGGCACCCCAAGUUCUCUGUCUUUUGCAAAACUUUUGGACAGGGAGUCACGUCCUUGCUAAUAUUGGUGGAGGACGCAGCGGCAAAGACGCCAACACACUGCUCGGUAGUAUUCACACCUUCGAUCCCCAAGCAGGCUGCGACGACUCGACGUUCCAGCCAUGCUCACCGCGCGCUCUGGCAAAUCACAAGGUGGUGGUAGAUGCAUUCAGGUCGUUAUACGGCAUCAAUUCGAGGAUUGAUAGUGGUGCCGCCGUAGCGGUCGGUCGGUAUCCCGAAGACAGUUACUACAACGGCAACCCGUGGUUCUUAUGCACCCUCGCUGCGGCAGAGCAGCUUUACGACGCGUUGUACCAGUGGAGCCGACAGGGGUGUUUGACUAUCAGCGAUGUGUCAUUGCCGUUCUUCAAGGGAAUCUAUAGCUCCGCAGCUACGGGGACGUUCUCCUCUUCGAGCGCAGCCUAUUCGAGUAUUGUCAGUGCUGUGAAGACAUACGCGGACGGCUUUAUGAGCAUUGUGCAAACUUACUCCCAUCUAAAUGGCUCCAUGGCCGAGCAAUUCUCCAAAUUGGAUGGCUCUCAGACAUCCGCUCGCGAUCUCACCUGGUCCUACGCAGCGCUGUUGACCGCAAAUAACCGUCGCAAUGGGGUGAUGCCAGCCGCGUGGGGUGAGCAAUCGGCAACGAGCGUGCCUUCGGUGUGUAUUGCGACUUCAGCCUCCGGGACAUACAGCAGCGUUACUAUUUCAACGUGGCCAGCGAUCAGCACAGGACCAGGGGGGCUGACCACCACCACCACCAACACACCAUGCACAACUCCGACCGCCGUCGCCGUGACGUUCAAGCUGCGCGCGAUGACAGCCUGGGGAGAAAACAUCAAAUUAGUAGGCUCAACGACGCAGCUCGGCAACUGGGCACCGGAUAAGGGAGUAGCCCUGAACGCGGACAAGUACACCAAAUAUGAUCCCCUCUGGUCGACCACAGUAAUCCUACCGGCUGGUCAAACCGUCAAAUACAAGUAUAUCCGGGUGAAGACCGAUGGAACCGUGCAGUGGGAGAGCGACCCAAACCGCAAGUAUACUGUGCCUGUGGAUUGUGGGACAACAUGCGCCGUGCAGGCUGAUAUCUGGCGCUAA